CCCGUUGGGCGGACCCGGGGAGUCGCCGUAGCCGCUCGCCUUCCCCGAGCCAACGUCUUCGCCGCCAGCUCCGCGCCGCCGCCAUGGCCGACGUGGAAGACGGCGAAGAACCCUGCGCCUUGUCCUCUCACUCGGGGAGCGCAGGCUCCAAGUCGGGAGGCGACAAAAUGUUCUCGCUGAAGAAGUGGAACGCGGUGGCCAUGUGGAGUGAGGCUGGCGUCUAGCGGGAGAGACGCGCCCUGAGCCGAGGCACUGAACAAGAUGCCUGUCUUAGAUGUCAAGCUGAAAAUAAACAAGAGGAUUGUGUUGUGGUCUGGGGAGAAUGCAAUCAUUCCUUCCACAACUGCUGCAUGUCCCUGUGGGUGAAACAGAACAAUCGCUGCCCUCUCUGUCAGCAGGACUGGGUGGUCCAAAGAAUCGGCAAAUGAGAGUAGUGGAGGCUUUCUUAUUGCAUUUGUUCACAAGCCUGGUAGAUCUUGCUGUCAAGUGCCUAACAAAGGCUCAAAUACUCAAGGGGAUUACUUUUUCACCUAGAAGGCGGUGGAUCUGUGGUCUUCGGGGACACAUCAGAGGCAUGGUUUAGCAUUUUGUCAACUUAAUUUUCAGGAUUCUCUACAAUUAAGAUAAUUUAUUAAAGGUGGUCUUUCCUACCACUGUGGUGUGUAUCAUAUACACUGCUUGGAAGUUCUGUAAAAAAGAAGAAAAGUCCAAACCAAAUGACCUUUAUAAUUUACCUAUCACUAUACAAGGGGCUGUAGAACAAGUUCUAUUUGUAGGAGAACUUUUUGCAUGCUUACAGUUGAUCAGAUAAAAAGAGAGUGUUAUAGUAACAAAUAAAGUGCAGUUUUAAACCCAACUCUUAUCUUCAGUUUGUUCUUAAUAUUUAUUUUUGGUGGGAAGAGCAGCGAUUCCUUGACAUCUUUAUUGGAUAUAUUGAGAAUUUUAAUUUUGGACCAGUGAAGAGGGUAAAUAAAAUUUAACUU